AUCCUUCUCCUCUUGACAGAAGACAAGACUGCUUUCAGCGGCCGCAAUCCCGAGCCACAGAUCAUCGCCGAAGCCAUCGCGGCUUUCCAAUACAACAACAACGCUCGAGAAUCUGUUAGCCUCCCGCGUAUCGACGAGAUGGUAUUCCCCUGUAUCACCAUGAUCGGGACUCGCCCUACCUUUUACAAGAUCCCUGUCACCACCCAACUCAGCUCUGCCGUUGCCGCCGGGAUGUAUCCAGAGCAGACUACGCAAGUCGUCAAAUGCUUGGUCCCCUCCAGACGGGCCAGUGAAGGCAUGGAGAUUCCAAUCUAUCGCAGGAACGCCUUGCAGUAUCUCGUCGCGUUCAGAGAUCUUGCUAGACCGCUCUGGAAGAGGUAUUACGUUUAG